GAGGAGCGUGGCUGGUCCUGGACCCCCCCGUCAGUGCCCGGCAAGAACCUGUGGCAGUGAGGUCGUCUCUCCUGGCCCUUCUUGUUGUGCUCUCGUAGCCCGUCCCCUGUCCGCCCGCCGCCCGCACGCCCGCCCGCAACCAUGCCAGGCCCAGAAGCCGAUUUGGACGAAGAGAAGAUGGGAAUGCUCCGCAAGGCCUUCGCGAUGUUCGACAGCGGGAAGACCGGCAAGAUUGAGAAGGAGAAGAUUCGUACGAUCCUCAACACUCUCGGGGCAAGCUACAUUAACGAGGAACUUGAGGCUCUGCUCACCGAGAACGACGUCGACGGAACGGGGAAGUUGAAUUUCGAUUCCUUCGUGAGAGUCGUGGGACACUUCCUUGAGGAGCAGGAUGAAGAAGCGAUGCAGAAGGAACUGAAGGAAGCAUUCCGUCUCUAUGAUAAGGAAGGUAACGGAUUCAUCCCAACGGCGGCGCUGAAGGAGAUCCUGGGGGCGCUGGACGACAAGCUGACCUCCGCUGACCUGGACAACAUCGUAGAAGAGAUUGACGAGGAUGGGUCAGGCACCGUCGACUUCGAUGAGUUCAUGGAGAUGAUGACCGGCGACUAAGCCAACAGCUGCUGCCAUCUAGCGUCGAAUCGGCUAAGCUCUGCCCCGGCUCUGCUCGGCCUGCCUUCCGCACGCUGCUACACGAUUCGCGCCUCUCAACUAAGCGCCAUUAUCUAUGUAUACUUUUUCACUUCGCCCAUUUUACAUUCUUUACAAGCCAAAUAUUGUAAAUCGUUGUUCGCAGUUUUUUUUUUCUUAUUUUCUGCAAUAUUUAUUUAUUUAUUUUUUAUUUUUGGCAAGCUCUGUCACAAGGCUUGUUUCUCAGUUCCAUUAAACGCGUAAUAAUAACACCGUAUGUGAUCGGAUACAUUAUCUGACCUACGCGACAAGAAGCUUAUCUAAUAAUCAUUCACCAGACACAUAAACGUGAACCAACAGACAAGAAAUCCGUCAGAGAUCAUAAGAAUUAUGGACCAAGAUGGCCAUCAUAAGAAGACCUGUCACCUGCAUAUUAUUUUUACAACAGAACCUUGGAGAGAAUAUUGGAAUAUAAAAGGAUAAUAAAGAAGAAAAUUAUCCGGAUGAGAGUUUCCCGUGAACCCUCCCCCCCUUCCCCCCCUUGCUGAUUCACCCUUGUCCCAACACGACCUCUGCAUCAGGGGUACCAACCUCCCCGAUGCUCUUGGAGGUCAUGUCCUUAGCGAGAUGCAGCUGAUACACCAGGCUUUGGUUAUCUUCGUGUUGGUAUGCCUGGCACUCCCACGAGACUCGGUGGAGAUUAACAGACACAGCAUCCUCAUGUUUACGACGACGACACCUUCAGACUAAUAACGACACUUGAUUCCUCUCUCGACACCAACAGACGUUGUCGUAAGAUGCGUGAUUGCUUUGUACAACGAACUCUGGUAACCUCUAACACAUUGAAAGUUUGUGCAAUUUAUACGUUCGUGUACAAAAAAAACAAAAAACAAAAAACAAAAAAAAACACGUAAGAACCUGAGACAUUUAUACACAACCGCCCAAUUACACAGUGCUUGUAACAAAAGAAACUGCUGUUCACUUCACGCACCGGAACACAACCCGAAACCGACUCGACAAGACAAUCAAAACAAAAGAGGGACAAGAAGCGCAAACUGACCAAGAGUACCAACCCUUCCGCCGCCACGAGCCACAUGGGACCAUCGAGGACAAUAAUAUUUAUUAUCUUCGUGUGUGUGAAUUAAUUUAUAUAUAUAUAUAUAUAUAUAUAUAUAUAUAUAUGUAUAUAUAUUAUUUAUUUAUUAUUUUUUAUUACUAUUAUUAUGAUUUUUUUUGUGUGUUUAAUGGGGGAGAAGGGGAACCACUCGUAAAUACGUCCGAUUGUCUAUUUUUUACUUUCACUUCUCUUGGCGAUUAAGGAAGCAUAAGUUCGUCUUAUACUUUGCAUUUUAUUAACUAACUGUGGUUCAUUAUUCUUUACGUUAGCGGAGGUGACAAUCCCAGGACACCUCUCUCUAGGCCCUUUCACUGCACGCGCCAUCUUCCGCAGGAGAUUCUGUCAUUUUUUUUCCGCCAUUGGAGAAAUAAACUGCCAUUUAC